AUGGUGCCCCUGCUGCUGCUGCCCCUGCUGUGGAGGGGGUCCCUGCAACAGCUUCCAGGCUAUGAGCUCCGAGUGCAGGAAUCGGUGACAGUGUUUGAGGGUCUGUGUGUCCACGUGCCCUGCUCCUUCUCCUACCCGAGGAGUUCGUGGUCUUCCUCUAGCAAAUUCUACACCUACUGGUACCGGGAUGGAGACAACACAGCCUAUGAUGCUCCUGUGGCCUCGAGCAACUAUAAUAAAACAGUGAAGAGAGAGACCCAAGUCCGAUUCCUCCUCCCGGACCCCAGGACCAACGACUGUUCCCUGCACAUAAGAGACGCCAGGAGGAGUGACACAGGACGCUACUUUUUCCGAGUGGAGAUAGAAUAUCCUGAAUAUAAUUACCAAGGCCAUUUCCAAGGAUAUAAGUCCCAAGGCUAUAGUUACCUAUAUAAAAUGCUGGAUUUGCAGGUGACAGUCCUGACAGAGAAACCCCACAUCCAUAUUUGGGAGCCGUUGGAGUCUGGCCACAGCACACAGCUGGCGUGCAGCCUGCCAGGGGCCUGCAAAGGGGGACGACCUCUCACCUUCUCCUGGGCGGGAGCCGCUGUGGACUCACUGGACCCCCAGACCCUCCGCUCCUCAGUGCUCACCUUCACCCCGAGGCCCCGGGACCAUGGCACCAGCCUCACCUGUCAGGUGAAACGGGAAUGGCCUCAGUUGACCACACAGAGAACCAUCCGGCUCAAUGUCGCCUCCUUCAAGAAUCUACAAACCACAUCCCUUCUCAUUCUGGAGGGAGUGGCCCUGAGGCUGCUCUGUGAGGCUGACAGCAACCCCCCUGCCGAGCUGAGCUGGUUCCAGGGGCCCCCAGGCCUGAACGCCACCCCCAUCUCCAGCACCGCGAUCCUGGAGCUGCCUCGCGUGGGGCCUGCACAGGAAGGAGAGUUCACCUGCCAAGCUUGGCACCCGCUGGGCUCCCAAAGUGUCUCUCUCAACCUCUCCGUGUUCUGCAGCCCGCACUCCAGCAGAUGUGUGACUGAGGAGCAGCAGGGCUCCUGGCCCCUGGUCCUCACCCUGAUCAGAGGGGCCCUCAUGGGGGCUGGCUUCCUCCUCACCUACGUCCUCACCUGGCUCUACUACACCAGGUGUGGAGGCCCCCGGAACAGGAGGCAGAGCUCCUGAUGGAUCCUCCCUUCCUCUCAAGAUGGGACUGAGGUGUGGGCACCAGGCUACAGGGACCGUCCUGGGACGUCCAUGUCACCUUCUCCCUGGAAGCUCUUGACUCACCUGCCUCCAAUGUGCCCCUGGGGUUUCAGUGUGUGGAAGUGACUGAGUGACCACAAGGGGAGUCAGUGCCAUGGAGAGAAGACUUUUACUCCUUUCACCUCCUGAUAGGAGGGGCCGCUGUGCCCGGGAAGCCCUGGAUUUCCUCAGGAAGCAGAUGCAGGUGCAGGGCAG